GUCACUGACGGCUUGUCGCAAACGCGAAGCCCUCGUUCGGCCGGUGGUGGUUUCCAUCAGUCUCCCCUCACAGCUUGCACGCCGCCACCACCACCACCACCUCUCAACCCAGCCGGCCCCUACCCCGCUUGGCGCUUAACCAAAGGCGUGGGGGGGUCGCUUUUGCUUCUGGGCCUCGGCGGCGUCUUCUUCUCCCCCCCCACCCGUUCUCUUCCUCCUCCUCCCCCCCCGUCCGAAAUGCCCCCCAAAAAACAGGCACCGGCAGCAUCGGGGGCGGGUAACAAAAAGUCAGAUCAGAAAAAGAAGGAGAAGAUCAUCGAGGACAAAACCUUUGGCUUAAAGAAUAAGAAAGGAGCAAAACAGCAAAAGUUUAUCAAGGCUGUGACCCAUCAAGUUAAGUUCGGUCAGCAAAACCCACGGCAGGCUGGUCAAGCAGAAGGUGACAAGAAACUAAAGAAAGAUGAUAAGAAGAAAGAAUUACAGGAGCUGAAUGAGCUUUUCAAACCUGUGGUUGCUGCACAGAAAAUCAGUAAAGGUGCCGAUCCAAAAUCUGUAGUCUGUGCUUUCUUCAAGCAAGGGCAAUGCACAAAAGGGGACAAGUGCAAAUUUUCUCAUGACUUGACUUUGGAGAGAAAGUGUGAAAAGAGAAGUGUUUACAUUGAUGCCAGAGAUGAAGAUCUUGAAAAGGACACAAUGGAUAACUGGGAUGAAAAGAAACUGGAGGAGGUAGUGAACAAGAAGCAUGGUGAAGCUGAAAAGAAGAAACCCAAAACCCAAAUAGUCUGCAAGUAUUUCCUCGAUGCUAUUGAAAACAAUAAAUAUGGAUGGUUUUGGGUCUGUCCUGGUGGAGGAGACAACUGUAUGUACCGUCAUGCACUCCCUCCUGGCUUUGUACUCAAGAAGGACAAGAAGAAAGAAGAAAAGGAAGAAGAAAUUUCUUUAGAAGAUCUAAUAGAAAAAGAGCGUGCAGCCUUAGGAGCAAAUGUUACUAAAAUUACUUUAGAGUCUUUUCUGGCAUGGAAGAAAAGGAAAAGACAAGAAAAAAUUAAUAAGGCUGAGCAAGAUAUGGAAAGAAGGAAAGCAGACUUUAAGGCUGGCAAAGCACUGGUGAUCAGUGGACGUGAAGUGUUUGAGUUCCGGCCAGAGCUGGUUGAUGCAGAUGAUGAAGAAGCAGAUGACACCCGUUAUAUUCAAGGAACAGGUGAAGAUGAGGUUGAUGAACAAGUGGAUGUAAAUGAUAUUGACUUGAACCUGUAUGUUCCAAAAGCCGUAGAUGAGACUGGAAUUACAGUAGCUAGUCUGGAACGAUUUAGCACAUAUACUUCGGCUGAAAAGGAUGAUAACAAGUUGAGUGAAGCUUCUGGAGGUGGACUGGAGAAUGGAGAACAAAGUGAUUUGGAAGCUGACAGCGACAUGGAGGGCACCCAGGAAAAUGGAAUAAUUGAUGCUGUCCCAGUUGACGAAAAUCUUUUUACUGGCGAGGAUUUGGAAGAACUAGAAGAAGAACUAAACACACUUGAUUUAGAGGAAUGAACAAGCAGCAUCACAAAUGAAUUUAAAUCUACUUGACAACGUUAAUACGAUCUCCAUUCUUAUGUGGAGUACUCUUGGUUCCUCACAUGAUUCUGGAAAAAAAAACAUUAAACAGAAAUAUCUCUUCCCCCCAAUUUUUUCCUGAUUCAGUCUUAACCAGCUUAAUAAACUUCCCAGAUAGUACACUGAGAAAGAACUCUCUUAAUGUACAAUGACGUAAUGAAAUCCCCGCCAAAAGUAGGAAGUCGAUCACUACUUUUCCAGGAUGUGUGAAGGGGAGUGUUGCUACGAAGUCCAGGAGGAGGUCAAGAAAUCCUUCAGUAGAACUGCAUUUGAAAUAAGUAUUUUGAGUGAUUAAGUUUGUGCUACAAUACUGUAAGUCGAAGUGAUAACAGGUUGAAAUGGCUGUGUUAUUAAAAGUGCUGGAAUUGCUUUUGAUUAUUUGACCAAACAGAUACCUAAGGUAGAGAUUCAUAAAAUCACACAAGUAUGGGCCCUGCUUCUAAAUUUUAAAGUUAAUCCACCAAGGUGUAAAUAAAGACUAUCUGGUUAAAAAAAA